UUAAAGUAAGUCGGACAGCUCCUUUCUCCGUUCCUUUCUCGUUUUUACUCAGAGUAGACCAAAACCCAGCGCUUGUCUGAAGAGAAAAUCUAGCAAAUGUCUGGUGCAACUGCUAGGGUUUUCCGAGGUUGCAGGGCGCUGUUGGCCCCGGCACCUGCUGCCAGGUCCUCAUCUGCCGGCGCUGCUGCUGCUGCUGCUACCACAAAAUCGCCUUCGAAAUCGACUCAGAAGCCGAAGACAGCUAGUCUCCGGAAGCCUAAAUCGCCCCCUCGAACCAUGGUCCGACCCACCGGCAUUCUCAAGGUCGCUCCUGUUUCCCCUGCCUUGGGCGCGUUUCUUGGAGCCAAUGAAGCCUCUCGUAGUGAUGCAGUCAAGCAGAUCUGGUCCUACAUCAAGACCCACAACCUCCAGAACCCAAGGGACAAGAGGGAGAUCUUUUGUGAUGAGAAGCUUAAGGCCCUUUUUGGUGGAAAGGAGAAGGUUGGUUUCUUGGAGAUUGGAAAGUUGCUAGCCCAGCAUUUUGUAAAGACUAAUUGACUGCUUGUUUUCAAAAAUCCAGUUUCGGUUGUCCAACCUCUAUUGAACAAAGCUCUUUUAAAUUCCAUCUAUCUUGCAUCCCUUAUGAUGUAUCCCAAUGAAUAGCUUUUGUUUUAAGAGCAGAACUCCUAGGGUUGAGUUUGCAACUUAACAGGUUUCUAGCUGGACAUGUUGUAAAAAUUUGGUAGGAAGAAGAUGAUUAGCUUUCUUAUUUGCUUUGUGAUUUGAAGUUCACUGUUGGUGAUAUCUGUGCUGCUUCGACUGACCGGUAAUAUACGGUGGGGAACAGUGGUU